AUGGAUGAAUUAGACGUUUAUACAAAACAAUGCUAUAAGCGUUGCAAAAACAUGAAGAAAUCUCGACGAACCAAAGUUGAGCCGAAAUCUAUUACAAUAACAGCUGAAAGAUUAUCCGAUCAUUCUCAUAUAACAUUUACUAUAUCAUCUGAUAAAACAAUCGAACAAUUGCGUGCCUUACUAAAUUAUCAUCUACCACCAUUGUUACCUAAUAAAUUUGAUCUAUACUCUUGCCAGCGUGGUGCACUCAUACAUUUCCACCCAUGUUCAUUUAAACUCGAUUAUUUUCCGGUUAUAUUUGAUCAUUCUAUUCUUUUGUUAAAAAUGGAUGAUCGACUUGUAGAUGAAAACAACAAAAAUAGCCCGCAACAUGACAAAAAUGAACUACGAAGAAAUUCGAGAAGAAGUAAAUAUUUAAUAUUAAAUAAUAUUUUUUCAUCCAAAACGACGGCUAAAACGAGGAGGAGUUCUACAGUACGAUCAACAUCAUCAUCAACUGUAACAUGUUUAUCAUUAUUAAAACAAAUCUUUCAUCAAUCUCCAUCAAAUAGUAUAAAUACAAUUAGUGAAAUAAAUAUCGUAACUUAUUAA